AUGGCGGUUCCUCCGACUGUCCUUGCAACGCCAUCAUCAUUGUACGUUGGUGAUCUUCACCACGACGUUUCCGAUGGACAACUUUUUGAUUUCUUUUCGGAGUUCAAAAGCAUUGCUUCGGUCCGCGUCUGCCGUGAUUCAUCUACUGGGCGUUCUCUCUGCUACGGCUACGUGAACUUUGUUUCUCCUCAGGAUGCUAUACGCGCUAUUGAGGUGAAAAAUAACUCCAUCCUCAAUGGGAAAGUUAUAAGGGUUAGUUGGUCUCUACGUGACCCUGAUGCAAGACGGAGUGGAAAAGGAAACGUUUUCAUCAAGAACAUAAGUGAUAACAUUGACAACGCGAAGCUUCAAGAAAUGUUUCAAAAGUUUGGAAAUAUCUUAUCUUGUAAAAUUGUCACUUCUGAGGAAGGAAAGAGCAAAGGCUACGGCUUUGUUCAGUUUGGGUCAGAGGAGUCUGCAGAUGCUGCUAUUGAGAAGCUUAAUGGGACCAUGGCUGGAGACAAGAAGAUGUAUGUUGCUAAGUUUGUCAAAAAGGCUGACCGGGUUUUGCCCAAUCCUGAUGCUAAGUAUACAAAUCUGUACUUCAAGAACCUGGACCUUGACAUCUCAGAGGAACAUCUUAGAGAAAAGUUUUCUGGCUUUGGGAAGAUUCUUAGCUUGGUCAUUGCAAAAGAUGAGAGUGGAGCUUCAAAGGGUUUUGGAUUUGUGAACUUUGAUGAUCCUGGUGAUGCUAGAAAAGCUAUGGAAGUUAUGAAUGGAUCACCCGUUGGAUCCAAGAACUUGUAUGUAGCUAGAGCACAAAAGAAAGCAGAGCGCGAACAACUUCUGAAGCGCCUCUUUGAAGAGAGAAGGAGAGAACAAAUUAUGAAAUACCAGGGUUCAAAUGUGUAUGUCAAGAAUAUUGAUGAUGAUGUCUCUGAGAAUGAGCUGCAUUCAUUGUUUAGCCAAUGUGGCACAAUUACUUCUGCGAAAGUUAUGCAAGAUGAGAAAGGUGUGAGUAAGGGUUUUGGAUUUGUAUGCUUCUCCACAGUAGAGGAGGCCUAUAACGCCGUGAAUACUUUUUAUGGAUAUAUGCUGCACCGAAAGCCGUUAUAUGUGGCUAUUGCUCAAAGGAAAGAGGAAAGACAGGCCCAGCUACAGCUACAGCAUGCACAACGAAUUGCAGGGCUAACAGGAGCUUCAGCUAUGUUUCCUGGCACAUAUCCUCCUAUUUACUAUCCAGGCCACAGCGUUGUUCCUCAGGUACCUACACGGCCUGGGAUGAUGUAUCAGGCUCUUGGUAUGAGGCCAGGUUGGGGUACUAAUGGGUUCACAAACACCACCAGACCUAGCUUUCAACCUUCUCAGGUUCCAUUGGUUCCUAAUACUUAUCGACCAUAUCGGCAGAACAGGGGAAGGAUGAAUGGACAUAUGCCAGCUUCAAACAUGACCAAUGUGCAGCAAUCAGGUCAAUCAGUGGUGUCAUCGAAUGAAGCUAGCAAUUCUCAGCGUGCUGGGACGGUCAAAUAUGUGCGCAAUGGUCGGACUCGUGACAUGAACAAAGGACCUUUCAUAUCAGAUGCUGGUUCCAUUGCAGGUGGAUCAGUUUCCAAUGGAUCUGAAAUGCUGAGUACCUUGCUUGCUUCUGCUAAUCCUGAGCAGCAGAAACAGAUACUUGGAGAGCACCUUUAUCCUCUUGUCAGUAAACAUAAGCCUGAGCUUGCUUCAAAGAUAACUGGAAUGCUCUUGGAGAUGGAUAAUGCUGAACUACUGUUAUUAUUGGAGUCUCCAGAAUCUCUGGAAACCAAGGUGGAGGAAGCUUUUGAGGUGCUCAAGCUCUCUAAGGCCAAAGUUUCUAGCCAAGAGUCACUUCACCCAAGUUUUCUUUCUGCAGAAGUUGCAGUCAACUGAGCGAUGCUGCUGCUGACAUAUUUAUCUUUAGCAAAGAUAGAAGUUUAUGGAGGGGGUGUAGUAAUUAAGGUUAGGUAGUAGAGUAAGCAAGGGUUGUCAUACCAUCUGGUGGCAACCCUAGACGUACUCCUUGUCUGCAUGGAGUCCAUAUUUCUGCUUUGUCACAAUCUAGACUGUCUCUAUUUAUCUUCAUUAUGAGGGAUUUACUAGAGUCUAUAUAUUAUAGACAGCUUAAUUUAAUGCAGACUUUUUAAAAAAGUUUAUG